CCGCCUUGCAGCCCCUGGGCCCGCUCUGCGCCCGCAGCUCCUCGGGGCUGCCUGCACCGAGGCCUCGGGGCUGGGGAUGGAACUAGGCCCGUGCUGCCGAGAAGGAUCCUGCGGGGCAGCUGGAUGGCGGCAGCUAUGGGCCACCCUGCCCCCCACUCCCAGGAUGUACAUGUACCCGUCUAGGGUGCAGGUGGCCUUAUUUGCCAUUUCCCUACUAGGCCAGGGUGCGAGAUGGGAAGCUCCUUUCUAGCGAUGUGACUCAUUACGUGAUCCCAGACUGGAAAGUUGUCCAAGACUACCUAGAGAUCCUGGAAUUUCCAGAACUGAAGGGGAUUAUUUUCAUGCAAACGGCAUGCCAAGCUGUGCAGCAUCAAAGGGGCCGGAGACAGUAUAACAGACUGCGGAGCCUGCUGAAGGACACGCGGCAUGACUGCAUCCUCUUCGCCAACGAGUUCCAGGAGCAAUGCUACCUCCCCCGGGAGAAGGGUGAGGCCGUGGAGAAGUGGCAGACCAGGAGCAUCUACAACGCAGCUGUCUGGUACUAUCACCACUGUGGGGACAGGAUGCCCAUCGUUAUGGUGACAGAAGAUGCAGAGGCGAUCGAGCAGUAUGGGAGUGAAACCCAAGGAGUGUUUGUGAUUUCUUUCAAGGAUUACCUGGACAACUUCUGGCCGGAUUUAAGUGCUGCCCAUGAGCUGUGCGAAUCUAUCCUGCAGUCCCGCCGGGCGCGGGAGAGCGAGAGCCAGGAGAGCCACGGCCGGGAGUACGCGGAGCACCUGCCUCUGGAGGUGCUGGAGGCCGGCAUCAGGUUGGGGCGCUACGUGCAGGGCACUCUAAAUGUGAACAAAUACAGAGCCCAAAUAGAAGCUUUUGUUCGACUUCAAGGAGCCAGCAGUAAAGAUUCAGGUCUAGCUAGUGACAUCCUCAUCCAUGGCAUGAAGGCUCGGAACCGUGCCAUCCACGGGGACGUGGUAGUCGUGGAACUGCUCCCGAAGGGUGAAUGGAAGGGAAGGACCGGCGCCCUGUGUGACAAUGACAGCGAGGACAAGGCUUCAAGUGAGGCCCCCAGCGAGCCCAUGCCCACAGGCCGAGUGGUGGGCAUCCUUCAGAAGAACUGGCGCGAUUAUGUGGUGACUUUCCCGUCCAAGGAGGAGGUCCAGUCUCAGGGCAAAAAUGCUCAGAAGAUCCUUGUCUCUCCGUGGGAUUACAGAAUCCCCAAGAUCCGCAUUAGCACCCAGCAGGCCGAAGCCCUGCAGGACUUCAGGGUGAUCGUGCACAUCGAUUCCUGGGAGUCGACAUCCUUGUACCCAAACGGACACUUUGUCCGAGUGUUAGGAAGAAUCGGCGACCUAGAAGGGGAGAUCGCAACCAUCCUGGUGGAGAACAGCAUCUCGGUCACCCCCUUCUCAGAGGCUCAGCUGUGUGAGACACCCGUGAACACCCCCGAGAAGCCCUGGCAGGUGAGUGCCGAGGAGGAGCGCAGGAGGAGAGACCUGCGGCGGACCCACCUGGUGUUCAGCAUCGACCCCAAGGGCUGUGAGGACGUGGAUGACGCGCUGUCUGUCAGGACCCUGAGCAACGGUGACCUGGAACUCGGGGUUCACAUUGCAGACGUCACACACUUCGUGGCUUCCAAUUCUUACAUCGACGUCAAAGCCAGGACGAGGGCCACCACUUACUACCUAGCAGAUCGGCGCUAUGACAUGCUGCCCUCUGUCCUCAGUGCUGACCUGUGUUCCCUCCUGGGAGGCGUGGAUAGGUAUGCUGUGAGCGUCAUGUGGCAGCUGGAUAAAACCUCUUAUGAAAUUAAGACGGUGUGGUAUGGAAGAACCAUCAUUCGGUCCGCUUACAAACUCUGCUAUGAAGCAGCUCAAGAGCUCCUGGAUAGAAACUUUGGCAUCGUUGAUGAGAUCCCAGAACUCAAAAACCUGGAUGAGAAGAGCAAGCAGGCUAGGCUGGAGGAGCUGGCAGGGGCCAUCGAGAGGCUGACUGACAUCGCUCGCCAUGUCCGGGCAAAGCGCAACCGCUGUGGGGCCCUGGAGCUGGAGGGCGUGGAGGUUCGAGUCCAGCUCGAUGACAAAAACAAUAUCCACGACCUCAUCCCCAAGCAGCCCCUGGAGGUCCAUGAGACCGUGGCUGAGUGCAUGAUCCUGGCCAACCACUGGGUGGCCAAGAAGAUCUGGGAGAGCUUCCCACACCAGGCCCUUCUGCGCCAGCACCCACCGCCCCACCAGGAGUUUUUCGCUGAGCUCCGCAAGUGCGCCGCGGCCAAGGGCUUCACCAUCGACACUCGGUCCAACAAGGCGCUGGCCGACUCUCUGGACAAGGCAGAGGACCCUACCGACCCCAUGGUGAACCGGCUGCUGCGCUCCAUGGCCACGCAGGCCAUGUCCAACGCACUGUACUUCUCUAGUGGCUCCUGUGCAGAGGAGGAGUUCCACCACUACGGUCUGGCCUUGGAUAAGUACACCCACUUUACUUCUCCAAUAAGGAGAUACUCGGAUAUUAUCGUGCACCGCCUACUAAUGGCAGCCAUUGCAAAAGAUGAGAAAAUGGAACUGAAAGAAAAUUUAUUAAGCAACAAAGAUCUUGAGGAAUUAUGUAGACAUAUCAACAACAGAAACCGAGCAGCACAGCAUGCUCAGAAGCAGUCCACUGAGCUCUUCCAGUGCAUGUACUUCAAAGACAAAGACCCUGAAACUGAGGAGCGCUGCAUAGCUGAUGGUAUUAUUUACUCCAUCAGGACGAAUGGUGUGCUGGUGUUUAUCCCAAGGUUUGGGAUUAAAGGUGCUGCUUAUCUAAAAAAUAAAGAUUGUUUAGUGAUGGCCUGUGGCCGAGACAGCUGCUUGGAAUGGAAACCAGGGUCCCUACAGAGAUUUCAGGACAGAAUCAUCUCCACCACGACGGGAGGGGAGUCGGUCACGCUCCACUUGUUUGACCAUGUGACGGUCAGAAUAUCUGUGCAGGCCUCGCGCUGCCACUCGGACACCAUCAGGCUUGAGCUGGUCAGCAAUAAACCGCACAAGGACCCGAACUCGGAGCUCUCCCAGCCAAGCCCGCUCCUGCUGAAGAGCGACUUAGUAAGGGAGGUCACCAGGUGCGCAGAGGAGGCCCAGCUGGCCCAGGAAGUGGUGGCACACGCCAUCCCGGAGGAGGAGUAUCUGGAGUACCGGCAGACCAAGGGCCGAAGUCUGUACAUGCUUCUGGAGGAGAUCAGGGACCUGGCGCUCCUGGACGUCUCGGGGGACUGCGGCAUGUGAGAGGGGCUCACUUCACUGAAAGAGCUUCGGCUCAGUGUCUUCCCAGACUUCACAUGGUGUCUCGUCACUCUGUGCUCUGGACUGAUCAGGACCAAGCAGGCGUUUCCCGUGCUUCUCUCCUGGUUCGCUGGUGCUGCUGUAAAUGCAGGGCAAGGUCAUUGUGGACACAGAGGUUCCAGCCCUGAGCAGACAGGGAACAGUGCUCCAUAAGGUCACUUGAUGGCUUCUUAAUAAACCAAGUUUUAGUUGUCUGGUC